AUGGCAGGCCCGGGCCUCAUGGUCCUGGCCCUGGUGCUGCCCGUGGGAGCCUGGACGGGCCUGGGGCUUCCGGGUCAGCCCUGUGUGCCCUGCUGCCACCAGGCCGGGUCCCCGGCUGUGGCCUCCAGGCCGGAUGCCUGGGCGAGCGCUGGAGACCCGUGGGCAGGACCUCCCCACGUGUGCCCCACCAUCGACAUCACCAUCCUCAAAGGAGAGAAGGGCCAGGAAGGUGUCCGCGGCCGCUCAGGACGGAGCGGGAAGGGGGGUCCUCCGGGACCCCGUGGGCAGCCGGGCCACAAAGGCCAGAAGGGGCAGGCGGGGCCCCCGGGCACCCCCUGCCGGCGCCCCCACACGGCCUUCUCCGUGGGCCGGCGCGAGGGGCUGCAGAGCGCGGACGGCUUCCGGGCGGUGCCCUUUGACACGGCGCUGGUGAACGUGGACGCCGCCUUCGACCUGGCCGCGGGCCGCUUCCGCUGCGCCGUGCCCGGCAUCUACUUCCUGAGCCUGCACGUGCACACCUGGAGCUACAAGGAGGCCUACCUGCACAUCAUGCUGGACCAGCGGCCCGCGGCCGUGCUGUUCGCGCAGCCCAGCGAGCACAGCCGCAUGCAGGCCCAGAGCCUGCUGCUGCCGCUGGCCGCCAGCAGUGCAACCGCGACAACGCCAUCUACCGGGAGCCUUCAGUGGCCACCUGCAGAGCCCACGGCGGUGCGGCGACUGGGCCGUGACUCCCUGCAAGGACACCGUGGCCCUGCUGGGCUCGCGUCCUCGUCCAUCACCUUCGCACCGAAGCCGCUGAGAUGGCCACGCCCCCCGGCCGUCCUGACCGUGCGCACACCUUCACCGACCCUCCUUGGCCCUGCCGUGGGCAGCCCAGCCCCCGAGGUGGCCGUGGGAGGGGCUCACGCUGCACUUUGGCCCUGGGCCCUGGGCUUGGGCCUGGCUGCAAUGGCUGGCGCUGCCCCGGCGCCAGGCAACCUGCGGGCGUCCACACCCAUUGCCUGCAUGAACCAGAAGCCCGGGGCAGAGGACCCCGUAGAGACCAAGGCGCCCAAAUAG